AUGGAUAUCCAAUACAAGCUUACUCCUUGGCAUUUGAUACCCUCAAAAUCCCCGCCUUCACUGCUGGAAAGGCCCAGCUGCAGGCCGCAACCAAGCCAGUUCCUCAUGUCGUUCGUACCCCCACCGCUGGUGCAGUUCAGCUCAGCGUAUCCCCGGGCGGUGAGGUUGGCCACCAGGCCGCCGUCGACGAACCAGAGGGGGCUCGUCGCCAUGCCGGUCUUGUUCUCCACCACCGCCACUAUGGCAUUGUCCAGAGGUCCUUUGGCCCCGACGGCGCACAGCCUGCCCGAGCCCCCGACUGCAAACCGAGAGGACCGAGAGGACUGGCUGGUGAAGAGGAUCGAGUUGCCAGAGAGUCGCAGGAACCAAUCAUUGAUGGUGCCUCCGUCCUGGGCCACCUUGAUCGCAAACGGCGUCGAGGUUUCGCCGCAGGUUUUGUCAAUGGUGGCCGUCGUUGACGUUGAAGUGUUGGUGAAGCGCGGGAUGGUGUUGUUUCGCCACCGUGCCGGGUCGGUCGUGUUUGAGAGCCGCGCGCUUGAUGUUCCGGUAGCGUUGAGAAACGCAAAUGGUGCCCUGACAGAUGUCGCCUUGGCGUUGGCUCUGGUGGCGUUGACGUCAAAAUGCGUCAUGUUCAAUGCGGUGUUGUUGGAGCCGAACCUCGCGCUGGUCGGCAAGGAUCCAAAAGGCAAUCUUGCUGGCCAUGUGCCGUUGUUUGGGCUAGUUUUGUUGCGAACAUUGCACGAGCAGGCCGACCUGUACGCGUCCGAGUCCGAGCACUGCGAUGCAUAUGCGGGCGUCUUUGUCGGAAAUUCUGCCGUCGUUGACAUGGACUGGCGCUUUCGCAGCCUGUCCACCGCUUCGUGCUCCGACGCCCAAACCUUCCACGGCUCAUCUCUGGAUGCACUUUCCAGAAACGCCGCGUCCUUGGUCACUGUUUGA